GAGGUGGUGGCGGCGGCGAACAAAGAGGCGGCGGGCGCGGGUGGCCGAGUGGAGCCGAGCGCAGUCGAGCCGCGCCGACCCGGGCUGAACCGGGCCGGGCCGGGCCCAGGAGCGCGCGGGCGAUGCGGGCUGCCAGGCCGGGGUCGGCCGGCCCCUGAACCCCGCGCCUCGGGCCAGCGAGGGAGCCCCGCGCGGCCGCGCGCUCCAGCUGCCGGCCCGCCAUGGCCGGGGUCAGCUACGCGCCGCCCUGGUGGGUGAACCUCCUGCACCGGCUGCCCCACUUCGACCUGCGCUGGGAGAUCACCAGCAGCCAGUUCCGGCCCGAGGACACCGACUACCAGCAGGCGCUGCUGCUGCUGGGGGCCGCCCCGCUGGUCUGCCUCGCCCUGGACCUCCUCUUUCUGCUCUUCUACUCCUUCUGGCUGUGCUGCCGGCGCCGCAAGACCGAGGAGCACCUGGACGCUGACUGCUGCUGCACCGCCUGGUGCGUCAUCAUCGCCACGCUGGUCUGCAGCGCCGGCAUCGCCGUGGGCUUCUACGGCAACGGGGAGACCAGUGACGGCAUCCAUCGGGCCACCUACUCUCUCCGCCACGCCAACCGCACGGUGGCGGGGGUCCAGGACCGCGUGUGGGACACGGCGGCUGCCCUGAACCGCACAGUGGAGCCCAGCCUGCAGAGCCUGGAGCGGCAGCUGGCCACGCGGCCAGAGCCCCUGCGGGCGGUCCAGCGGCUGCAGGGUCUGCUCGAGAUGCUGCUGGGCUACACAGCUGCUAUCCCGUUUUGGAGGAACCCAUCCGUGUCACUGGAGGCACUGGCUGAGCAGGUGGAUCUCUACGACUGGUACAGGUGGCUGGGCUACUUGGGCCUGCUGCUGCUCGACGUCGCCAUCUGCCUGCUGGUGCUGGUCGGCCUCAUCCGCAGCUCCAAGGGCAUCCUGGUUGGGGUCUGCCUGCUGGGGGUCCUGGCCCUGGUCAUCAGCUGGGGCUCACUGGGCUUGGAGCUGGCCGUGUCUGUGGGCUCCAGUGACUUCUGUGUGGACCCUGACACCUAUGUGACCAGGAUGGUGGAGGAGCACUCCGUGCUGAGUGGGGACAUCCUGCAGUACUACCUGGCCUGCUCGCCCCGUGCCUCCAACCCCUUCCAGCAGAAGCUGUCGGGCAGCCACAAGGCGCUGGUGGAGAUGCAGGACAUCGUGGCCGAGCUCCUGAAGACUGUUCCGCGGGAGCACCCCGCCACCAAGGACCCCCUGCUCCGCGUCCAGGAGGUGCUGAACGGCACGGAGGUGAACCUGCAGCACCUCACUGCCCUGGUGGACUGCCGCAGCCUGCGUCUGGACUAUGUGCAGGCCCUGACAGGCUUCUGCUAUGAUGGCGUCGAGGGCCUCAUCUACCUGGCCCUCUUCUCCUUCGUCACAGCCCUCAUGUUCAGCUCUGUCGUCUGCAGCGUCCCUCACACCUGGCAGCAGAAGAGAGGCCCCGACGAGGAUGGGGAGGAGGAGGCUGCCCCGGGGCCACGGCAGGUGCACGACAGUCUCUACCGCGUGCACAUGCCCAGUCUAUACAGCUGCGGCAGCAGCUACGGCAGCGAGACCAGCAUCCCGGCCGCGGCCCACACUGUCAGCAACGCCCCGGUCACCGAGUACAUGAGCCAGAAUGCCAAUUUCCAGAACCCUCGCUGUGAGAACACCCCCCUCAUCGGGCGCGAGUCCCCGCCGCCCUCAUACACCUCCAGCAUGAGAGCCAAAUACCUCGCCACGAGCCAGCCUCGCCCCGACUCCAGCAGCAGCGGGCACUAGACUGCCCCGGCCAGCCACCGUCCCACGUGCCAAUCGCCCUGCUCCUCCCCGUGCCAGCACUGCCGCUUACACCCGUGGCCGCCCGCCGGACCCUCUGCACGUAUGCCAGGCCCGCUACGGGCACCUCUGCAGCCACUUGCCCCUCCUCUCCCCUUCCUGCAGGGGUAUGGAGUUACCUGGCAUGAACCCCAGGUCAGUGGAGACACGGGGGCUCUGGGCCUGCACCCUCUCCUUGGGUCACAUGCCUGGACACGUGGCAGCGCCACCACCAAAACCUGGGCCCUCCUGGCCCUCACCCCUCCUCGCCCUCACCCCUCUGCCUCUGAGGAUUUGGGUUCGCAGAGCCCUGCUCUGGGCCAGACACGACGGUGCUGUGUCCCUGCCGCUCCCUCUGCAGCACGCUGACCCUCCGGACCCCUGCAGUCUCAUUGCCUCGCACCCAGCCCACUCCUUCUCUCCUGCAGCUGUGACGCUUUUCCUGCACCCUCGAUGCUUCUGGGCAUCGCUUCUUAUUCGCAGACAUUGCAGAGCCUGUCCGUGCCGGCAUCUAGGGGACGGCGGUGUGUGCCCGCCUGCUCGCCUCCCCAGCAUGGAGACUCCUGCGGCUUGUCCACGCGCCUCUCUCUGCAGUAUCUGGAGCUCCUUCCUUCUUUCGCCACCCCCGAUCCCAAGCCCCCUCCCGCCAGCUGCCAGAAGCCUCCUCAGGGAGGCCCACUUUCUCUGCCUCCUGCCCAGCAUCGCUCUCUCCCUCAGCACCCGCCCUGCCCGUGGCACCCAGCCCUCUGCGGCGGCAGGAGGACAGCAGGUGCCACGCCAGCCCAGGCCGCUCACCCAGUGCUGGCCGCCUUCUUGGUGCCAAACCCUCUCCCCUACCCCAGAGACUUGGCAGCUCCGUCUGGGUCAUUUUUUGCACUAACCACGUUUGUCAUCUCUAGGGCAGGGAGCUGCGGGCCAAGUGGCACUGCCUUCUCGGUUCCCUUUCCAUCCAGGACAGGCGCAGCGUCCCGGAGCCCGGCCUCGGGGGCUGGACCCGAGCUGCCCAUGAACGUGCCCUCGGCCCUUGCCGCCCCUCUUGGGACUAACCACUAACCUUACCCCAGCCUCCGCGGGCACCCCGGCUGACCCAGAGCCGGUGAGCGUGACCCCGAGUCCAGGCCGGAGACGAGGCCCAGGACAGCCGGCUGGGAGUCAGGCUGGAA